CUGCUCUGUCGCUUGACGCCUUCGCUCUGUUUGAAUUUCCUUGGUCUGGCCCAUUUGGACAGUCAUAUCUCACGCACUACUCUGAGUGUACCGGAAACGAUCUCAAAUUCGAUAAAUUCUGUGAUUGCCGGUGGCGAGCAAAACACUCAUUCCGAGUCGUCGUCAUCAUCACCGUCAUCGAAUCCUAGUCUGACUGUGCCGCGUGUCAGUUACACGGAUCUGGAGACCACGUAUACUCGAUUCAUGGGUCAUUUGGAUGUGAUCCCGUUCAUCGCGAGCGGAUUCAAUGUCUAUUUUCCCAUCCUGGUCGUUCUGUUGUGCGUGUUGACCUACGUGCGUUUCGGUGACCGAGUGCUGCAUCAUUUGGGCGUACCACAACUGUUGGACAAUUGGAUCGAAACAGACCAAGUGGCUGCUGCGGAUUCACCCAAUUCCCUAGUCGAAGAUGCCAUUCAAGAUGGAAGGUUGUUGUUGCGUAAAGAACGAAUGAUGCUGUCCAGAAACGAGCGCCUCACGCCGGUCGACGAUUCGUUCCGAUUCUCAUCCACCGGAUCAAGGAAAUCAUAUCGAUCGCGUCCAGAAGAUCGUGUUCACCUUCUGGAAUCCGCGCUCGAUCAUUCUGAAGGACGGUUCUCACCCGCUUUCAAAUCGGGUACUGCUGUGGUCCGACCCGAUGAGGAGUUAGAUGAUGAGGACGAGACUGAUCUACUCCCACCACUCUCGGCACAUGUGGAUCCGCUUCGGACAUCGCGAAAUCCAAUCGGUUCUGCCGGUUUGGUGGAGUAUUCCGAGGCGGAAAUUGAGAAACAAUUCUCUUUGGGUCGACACUAA